UCUCAUCUACAAUCAAGAUUGCAUCAUAAAAAAGAAGCGAAGUCAGGAAGUGCUUCAUGCAAAGGCUACUUGUAGUGAAGAGCCCUUCUUUGCAUUCCGCUCUGGUUUGAUCAUCUAAAUGAAACAUUGGAUUGCACGUGAAUUCUAGAUUAAUCCAAGUUGUUCCGACAUGGGAAUGAGCCGGAAAAGCGAUUCAAAAAAUCACCACUCUCCCGUAGUGAGUGGCUUUCUACUCUUGAGCUUACUAUACAUGAGGUUGAACCAUUCCGAAUCUUCAAAGGGUCCGAGGAUACUAGACUUGGUCACUCAAUUGACUGCUCACUCAUUUGCGUAUUGUCCAGAUUAUUAGAUCUAUAACUAACGAUCAAUAAGGAAAACAUUGUAACUGUCAGGUGUUGUAAAACUGAUUCCAGGAUCAAUCAUUCAUCAAAAAGAUAUCAGAAGAGGUCUUAUCCUUCGUAUGUAAUACUGAGAUGAAGUCCGAGCACAUAAAUGUCGAGUCGUUGAGGUUACACAUCCACAGCAUGUGAGGUAUGCCGAACCCCUCAUUCAGCUGAAUCGCUGUUCUCGCCACUUGUCAUUGGGAGUCAGAGGUGCGACGUCACAAGAACGACAUCUACCCUUCAUUAACUCUUAAUACCUCGAAGUUUGAUCGAAUUUUUCAUUUCAAUAUACAAUACUGAAGAAAAAUAUAUCAUUCUUUGUUAUCUUGUUACCAAACACCCACCAUGCCUCUCAAAAUCUUGAUCGUAGGCGCCGGCAUCGGUGGUCUAACUGCUGCAAUUGCUUUGAGAGAACAAGGUCAUGAAAUAACUGUUUGUUUGUCCCAUGCCCACUAUCCAUACUUUCUUCCAGCUUUUGUUGGAAGGCAGACUUGACUGCUGAUUCCCAAGCUCACAAGGAUGUAGAUAUUUGAACAAUCUCAGUUUGCUUCCGAAUAUGGCGCUGCAAUACAUAUUCAACCGAAUGCUAAUGGAAUCCUGAGACGAUUGAACAUUUUCCUGGAGGAGAGUGGUGCGAAUCCAUUCAAUUGGGUAUGUAUAUGAGGGAGUGCCACUUAUUCGAUGCUCUGAUUCAUCUCUCCCGCUUUGAUUUCAAGGCUUGUAUACAUGUCUGCAGGCGAAUCACUAACAGCCAAUCUUCCAACCAGAUGACACAAUAUACAUCGACGGGAUCGUUGAAACGAAGUAUGGAUCUAACCGACAUAGAUAAAAAAUGGCACCAUGUACUUUCUCCUUCCCUUCAACUUAUCACAAAGCCCAAACUAAACAAACCAAUUAGCCUUGGCUCUUAGCUCACCGCGUGCAACUUCAUUCCCAUCUCAAAGCCGAAGCUCUCACACCAUCUCCCUCGAAUCCUCCCAUCACCCUCCUCACAUCCUACAAAGUUACUAACCUCGACCCCGUCACCUCUACCCUCUAUUUCUCAAACGGCACAUCCCGCACCGGGGAUCUAAUAAUUGGCGCAGACGGCGUCCACAGUCUAACUCGAUCCUUCGUCCAAACCUCCUCCUCUCCAACAAAACCAUUCCCAAGCGGUAAAAGCGCCUACCGCUUCCUCCUCACCCGAUCCUCCGUCCUCUCCAAUCCCAAAACCGCAAAAUACAUGCAAAAAGAAGGUGAACUAAUCAUGUGGUUCGGUACCGAUCGUCGCGUAAUCGUAUAUCCGACAUCUUCUAACUCCUUGCUUAAUUUCGUAUGUGUACAUCCUAACACAUUAUCUGGAUCUGAAAAAAAUGCGGAGGGGUGGGGUAAAGGUGGUAAUGUAGAGAAUCUAUUGAAGAUUUAUGAGGGUUGGGAUGAAGAUAUGUUAGAGUUGUUAAAGAUGGCACGUUCGCCUAUCUCUCCCGAUGAAAACACCACGGGCAGUCUUAAAGUUUGGCGUCUCCUUGAUAUGUAUCCCCUGCCUAAUUUUGCCAAGGAAAGUCUCGUUCUCCUAGGUGAUGCAGCUCAUCCAUAUUUACCACAUCAAGCUCAAGGCGCUGGUAGUGCUAUUGAAGAUGCGGCUGCACUGGCUGUUGUUUUUCCGAGGGAUGUUAAGGAAGAGGAGAUCCAAGAGAGGUUGAAAUUGUACGAAAAGAUUAGAAUGGGAAGGGCACAUCGAAUUCAAGAAUUUUCAAGGGUGUUAGGAAGGGAUGCUGGGGAGGGUAAUGAUGUUGUUGUUGAUAGUGAGAUUUAUUCUUCUUUAUGUUCUCAUCUUUUCAUUGUUUCUCGCCUCACCCUCAUAUCAAAAAUGGAAGAAUAUGAAGAGAGAAGAGCAGAAGAUAAUAUACUUGGUACUCGGGUAUACUUACAAAUAUACUAACACAGUCACCCUAAUCUAGUGCUUCAGUUCGUAAACCACAACCUCCAACACGACGAAUGGGAUAAUUCGACUCACGAAUUGAGAAAAUGGAUGUGGAAACGUAAUCCUCAUCUUUCUACUUACUAUUUGAUACCUGCUAGUUUCGGUACGUCCUAUCCCAUCUUCAAUAUCAUUUCUAACCAUACACCGCAAUAGGGCCUUUACCCAUCCUCAAGCCCCCUCAUAAUUACACAUCCGCAUUACCCAGCUCUCAAAACAUACCUAAAACCAAUCCAAAUCUCAUCUUCACCCCUACAGUCACAAAAACAACAGCAACACUAACCUUCACCACCUCUCGCACUCUCCUACAAAACCUUUUCCCAAUCGACUGUGAUUCUUUCCGCUUUACCAAUCCAGGAACUAUCUCCACCGCUUCUUGGAGAUACAUAUCCUGGGAGUACGAGAAAGAGACUGGCAAUGAUGAGCUCAAUGGACAGCACAACGGAAAAAAGUACGAACAACUAUUAUUCUGUAUUGAAGACGUAGAAUACAUCAGGAAAAAUGGAGAAGAUGGAGAAAAUGAAGAGGUAGUAGGAGGAACAUACAUACCGGUUAUUUUUGCCAAUUGUUCCUUGCAAGAAAAGGAGGAGGAGGAUGAUGGUGAUAAUGAGAAUGCAGAAACGAAAUUCGAAAUUACUCAUACGACUUCGGAAAGUGGAAUGCGUAUAUAUGAAAUCUAUGUCUCGCUAGAAGGUUCUGGUGAGAAAUGGGGAAAUUUGAAGCUAGAGGAUCUUAAGGAAGUAGUGGAAGAGAAAGUUGAGGGUUCAGGAGUGGAAGAGAAAGACGGAGGUGAAGGAGGGGAGGAAGCGUUCCUGUUGUGGAGAUACAAUACACCACUUUCUUCAUCCCUCGAUAUCAACCAGCCAGACACAAACAGAAACACAAAUACAAACACAAACCCACAGUUCUCAUCAGGCCGCUUGCACUACAUUCCCUCCUCAAGCAGCUCCUGCCCUGACACCCAAAAAUAUACCAAAAAAUACACCUCCAAAUCCGGCUCUUUUACAAUCAAAGAGUGUACACCCACAUCUCCGCCUCCGCCUCCGCCUCCACUUCCAUCAUCCUCAUACUCAUCUCUACCUACUCCUUCAUCUUCAUCCACAUCAUCCUCAACACAACCCCAACCCCAGAACACCCCAAACGCACCACCACUCAUCGCCCAAAUACUACCCCGAAUAGCAGAAAUCCCCUACUAUGAGAUUUUAAACGCGGAGUUAAAGAUUAUAUAACGAUUUACGAUUUACCACCAGUCAUUCUUUAUCAACUAUCAAUUAUCAAAUCCCAAUUCUUACUCAUCAAUAGUAUAAUAAAUACAAGAACUCUAAGACGACAGGCAUAUAUAUCCAGCAUUCCCCAAAACAAUAGUUAUCAGACAAGACGAGUUUCCGGCAGUGAAUAUUCCUGAAGAAGAAGAAGCUUAAGCAAAGGGCCAGAGAAACUCAUUGGAAAUACUAUCUAGGUACGACAGAGUGGAUGUGACGAUUUUAUAUAAGGUCUUUAUUACACAUAGUAAGAUCUUAGUUGGAUAAGAUAGGAUGGAAAAGUAUAAUCAAUGAAAUCUUACCUAGUAGGAUUAUAUAGGAGAUUUAACGUUGCGGGCUAAGACCACGAUAGGUAGAAUCGAAUUUUGGAGAAGGGGAUAGUGGGAGGUUGAGUUCGGGGUACGUGACGUGAUAUGACUUGACUUGAAUUGACUUCUUCGGGGGAAAAGAAAAUAGUAUAGUAUAGGAUAUAUAAAUCCGGAUUGAAGUAUACAGAACACUUACUUCGCGGCGCGGUAUGGUGUAGUGGAUGGGUGGUAGACAUGUACAGGAUACUGUGACGGAGUAAUUAGAAAUAAGGGGGGCAGCUGGAGAGAAGAACAAUGGAAUGAAUGAAUGAAGCUCGAAGAGAAGCUAAAUUAUUUUCCUAGGCGAGACGAACAAUUUAUCACAUAUCUCCCAAUCUCCCAAU